CGAGGUUCGGGCAAGUUCGGAGCAGCAGGGGACGCGUAACAUUUUUGCCGAAGGGAAGGAUCAGGGGAGAUGAGGCAGAGAGGGGAAGUGGUGCUGUGAACUUGCGAUGCUUGUUGUGGAGUGGGGAAGGGUGGUUAAGGACGAGGCCAAAUCUACGGAAAAGACUUCCUUCUCGCGCGAUUGGUGCUGACAUAUUUUGAUUUAGGCGAAGGUAAACAGGCAGAACGUUUCUGAUCAGAAACGUUACGAAGCUUUGAGAAUAUGGUGUUCAGAGGUGAAAUAAUACUUGAAUUCCGCAGCAGGUAAAACGCUAGCGCGAAGAUUAACAGCACAAUUACUAUUCGAGAUGGAGUGAAAUCACUGACAACUGGUUUCACUUGACCGACAAAUGGCAAACAUGUGGAAAUAUAUAACGAGAAAUGUUAGAGAAACAUUUGAGCGACGAAUAUGUAGUUCGUUGACGGAUUCAUCUGGACAAGAUAAAAAUUCGACAUGCAAAUUUCGAGAAAAGUUUUUACCGACGGUUAACACUUUUUGCGAUAAACGAAACGUUUCUGGAAAUAAAUAUACCUCUGCAGCUUCAGGUGAAAAACGAGAGGAAAGAAGUCAUGAACGUUCAUGGAAUGAUACGUACGUUAGAAAUACCUGGCUUGGAGCUGUGGGUUGGAGCACUGCCAUAGUUUUGAGUUGGAACUUACUACAGCCUUUAUGCAGACUGCAUUAUUCACAUACAAAUAACAAAGAACGACAAUGUCCAUUGAGUAGACAUGCAUCAUUCUCCACACGUUGGGGAGGACCCAAAGGAUGGCACUGGAAACGAGAAAUUAGUUCUCAGAACAAUCCAUCUCGUUUUCAUUUUGUCUGCCCUCGUUCUAAGAAAUCUCGUGACCAACUUGAUGGUGUAUGGGAUUCAGGACGGCACUCUUAUUCGGGUGGACACAAAACUUCUAAUCGACAGGAUGAUGAUUGGGAUUCAGGACAUCAUUCACUGGACCAUGAAAGGCACCACAGUGCAAAUGCAGAUGCUGUUCCAUUAAGAGCACAUUACGAUUCUAAUUAUUCAGGAUUUUGGAAACUUCUCACUCAGACAGUUUGGGCCCAACCUGCUUGUAUUUUGCCUAAGUCAGCAAAACUUGAAAUUGAUUAUGCUCCUAAAAAUGAAGUGGCAAGCACAAGCUAUGGUCCACCUACAGCGGAACAGGCACUUGAUGAUGCAGCUGCAAAAUUUGUUGAAGCUCAAAACUCUUUAAUGGGAGAUAUGGACAAUCGACUUGGUGUGGAAUUGAUGCAAAAAGGGAAACAUCAUGAAGCAGUAGCUCGCUUCACUAGAGCCAGCGAUUUCAACAAUGCUUCUGCUUCUUACAAUUUGGGAGUCUGUUAUGAAAUGGGGCUAGGAACAGUUCAAGAUUUCAAGAAAGCUGCCAAAUACUACCAGGCUGCAUCUGAUAAAGGUCAUCCGACUGCAAUGUACAAUUUGGGUGUUUUUUACGUGCAUGGAUGGGGAGGUCUUUCAAGUGAUACUGAUGAAGCUCAUAAGCUCUUUGAGAAAGCAUCUGCCCUGGGUCAGAGUGAAGCAAUAAAGGCUUUGAAUAUGGUAAAAGAAAAAGAACCUCCUCCACUACCUUCUGUAAUAACAGAAGAAAAUUCUAAAGAUCUUGUUCAGCAAGCAUUGGAAUUGGUGCAAGACUUGGGAUUAGGAUUUCGAGGAGUUCCACAAGUAGAAUGUGUUGUGAAUCCAACUGAUCAUAAGGAUAUUUCAGACAUGGUGCAGGAUUCCAUUGUGAAAUAUACAUCCAUGUUACAAAAGUGAUUCUUGAAAUGUGGUUUCUUUUAUUUUUGUGUUUCAACAGUAUUCAUAAGAAAGAUAAUUUGAAAAUCAUUUUAUAUUGUUAUUUAGCACAUUUUUCUUGGUGCAAGUGUGUGUUUGUAAUGAAUUGUGAUCGUCACUCUUCCAGUAACUAAGUUGAACUUUUUUUAGUGCUGUCUAUUUCUUCCUUGUGACUGUCUUCUAGAUUUUGAAUGUAGUUUAUACUUUUUUUUACAAAGAUAGACUGAAUAUGUGUAAUGACUAGUAUGUUUGUUCCUUAAAGAAAAUGUAAUUGUAUUACAAAUAUAAAGUUUAGGAAUGAAUUGUAAGUCAUUGUAAUAACUGAGAUUUUAUUGAAGCGCAACAUGCUACUGGAAUAUACAUCUAUGAAUUGUAAACAGUGCUGUGCCAUAAAUAAAGCAAUUGUUUUUUUAAUAAAAUUUCAAUUAUUUGCAUUGAGUCUUACUAAACCAAACCUUUUGAAAUAUUGCAUUAGCCCUUACUUGCCCAAAUAUAUUCGGUGUUCAAAAUCGUAAAAGGACAUGGAUGUCACUAGAAUUUUUGCAGGAUAAUCUGUAAUAAAUUACAGGUUAAUUGUAAUAAAUAUUGGAAUGUUUUGGUUGUUUAAAAUUGCUUUGGAAAAAGUGGUAUUGCUACAAUUUUCUUUGUUUGUUUGGCGUCACCUGAAACCUUCAUUUACAUUUUAACAUGCUUUAGGUAAGUGGAUUAAUUUGAAUUAAAUUAAUUUAUUCUCCAUGAUAUAUACGAUCACUUGUCACAGAUUAUUUUUGAAGUAGAGAACAUAGUACAACUUGGUAAUUUAAACUCUUAAAUUGUUGCUCAGCCAAGUGGGAAAUAUUUUGUUAAUAAAAUGCAUAAUUAAUGGUUGGGGGCAAAUUUACGUUAACAAAAAUUAAUCUGCUGAAAUGAUUUUAAUUCUUUGUAAUUGGUCAUGUUCUUUGUCAUUUCAUGUUGCCAUAGUGCCAUUUCUAUUGAAAUGCGAGUUGGAGAAUUUUAGUUUUUGCAGAUUAAUUUUGAAUUUUUUAGUGUCUUGCCAUAUUAUAAAACUGAGUGUCUAUUUUGUUGCUAAAUGUAGUGAAUUAUUUUAACACCUUGUGCAGUCAUAAUACACAAUUUUGGGUCCUUGAUGCCUAAAAAUUGGUUGAUGGCAUAACUGUUCAAAUUAUUUUCUCCAAAAUUGAUAUUCUCAGAUCAAUCUGGCUAAACUUGAGACCCUUUGAAUUUGAAAUUGUUGUGAUACUUGGGGAUACUUUAUGUAAAGCCUUAACAUUUCAAAAUUUUCUCAAAAAUGGCUCCCCAAUUUGUUGAUUAAAUUUUUU